AUGCCCAGAGGAGGUGGUGCAGGUGGUAGAGGAGGCAAAAAAAGCCACAAAGGUCAGAGGAGGCAUUUCACAGAUGAGGAUGAGCUCCGAGAACAGGCUCAGAAGGCUGAGAAAGAGAAGGCAUGGCGACGCCAACAAGGCAUUGAGAGUGAUGAAGAAGAAGAAGUAGCAGCCAAGGAAGAAGAAGGAGCUGCUGAAGCCAAAGUCAAGAAUCCAGAUCUUCCUCCAUCUGGAUCCGAGUCUGAAACUGACAGCGAAGAGGAUGAGGAGGGAAAACCCAAAGGUGUUGCACAUUUGAUAGAGAUUGAGAAUCCCAAUCGAGCUGCUAGCAAAAGUUCCAAGAAAGUCUCAGAAAUUGGUGAAACUGCUGGAAGUACCGGCUUGUCUAGACGAGAGAGAGAGGAACUGGAGAAAAUAGAAGCUCGCCGCAGAUACCAAGCACUUCAUUUGGCUGGCAAGACUGAUGAGGCCCAGGCAGACUUAGCCCGGUUAGCAAUUAUACGCAAACAGCGAGAAGAAGCUGCCAAGAAGAGAGAGGAGGAAAGAUUAGCCAAGGAAGCAGCUAAAGAAGCCGCCUCCAAGACCAAAGGCAAGUCUUGA